CUGUGUGCAUUGAAACCGACAAUUGACGCUAGUAUUGGUGCAACAGACGACGUAGGCCAUUUGUAUUUACAUGUUUUACUGUUUUUCUACGCUUUUUCUACUUCUUCGGCUGUUGUUUCAUCGCACGAAUUGAAUGCUGUGUAUUAUUUCUUCUCGGCAACCAAUGUGAAACGGAGCGAACGACGUGGAAAAGCAACGUCACUACACACAGCAUCGUGUGGCAAUACUCAGCAAUAAUACACAUAUUCUCGGUCGGUUGGUUCGGUCGUACGGUUCGGUGUGUGUGAGUUCAUAUUGCCUAGCGUUAAACAUUUAAAAAGAGUUCACAAAAUACUUAAAGGCCAGCGAAAUAAAUCUCGACAGUAGGAAAUUUUACUUGCAACCGAUUGGUUUUUAGUUCAUUUUAACGGAGCACAUUACGUCUCAUCGAUUUCAAAUUCGUUUCAUCAUUUAUUUUUUCGUUUCUGUUGGUGUAGAGUAAUCUCGAAACAAACAAGCGGGCGCAAAAUGUAUUUAUUAGCCGUAGCAACAUGCAUACUUGCAUUCUCUGGCUUUGUUCAGUGCGAUGCCGAACCAAGUGUUGAAGGUGGUGUUUUAGUGCUUACACAGGCAAAUUUCCAGAACGUAAUCAAAGAAAAUGAAUUCAUCUUGGUCGAAUUUUAUGCUCCAUGGUGCGGACACUGUAAACAAUUGGCACCCGAAUACGAAAAGGCCGCACAAGCGCUCGAAAAGCAAGGUUCAUCAAUUAAAUUGGGCAAAGUUGAUGCCACCAUCGAAUCAACAUUGGCCGAAGAAUACGGUGUUCGCGGUUAUCCAACAUUGAAAUUCUUCCGAAACGGAAACGAAGUUGAAUACAACGGUGGCCGUACAUCCGAAGAAAUUGUUGCCUGGGUUACCAAGAAGACUGGACCAGCUGCCGCUGAAAUCAAGACUGUUGAAGAAUUCGAAGCCCUUACCAAAGAAAACAAAGUCGUUGUUCUUGGUUUCUUCAAGGAUCCUGAAUCAGCCGAAGCUAAGACCUUCUUGUCAGUUGCCAGCGGCGUCGAUGAAUAUCCAUUUGCCAUUACUGAAGCUGAUGAUGUGUUCAGCAAAUACGAAGCUAAAGAUGGAGCUAUCAUUUUGUUCAAACAAUUCGACGAAGGUAAAGCCGUGUACGAAGGUGAAAGCAACGAAGCCGAAAUCAAGAAAUUCUUGACCGCCAACUCAAUACCAUUGAUUGUUGAAUUCAACCAUGAAUCAGCCCAAAAGAUCUUCGGCGGUGACAUCAAGAGCCAUUUGUUGAUGUUUGUGUCAAAAGAAGCCGGCCAUUUGGAGAAAUACGCCGACAAAGCCAAAGAUGUUGCCAAGAAAUUCCGUAACGAUGUUUUGUUUGUCACCAUUAAUGCCGAUGAAGAAGACCAUAAACGUAUCUUGGACUUCUUUGGAAUGGAAAAAGAAGAAGUUCCAUCAAUGCGAUUGAUCCGUUUGGAAGAAGAUAUGGCCAAAUACAAGCCAGAAAACAGCGAAUUGGACGCCGAUAACAUUGAAGCUUUCGUGCAAUCAUACAUCGAUGGUAAAUUGAAGCAACAUCUCUUGUCACAGAAAUUGCCAGAAGAUUGGGAUAAAACACCAGUCAAAACACUUGUCUCAUCCAACUUCGAUCAAAUCGUUUUCAACAAAGACAAAGAUGUACUCGUUGAAUUCUAUGCUCCAUGGUGUGGUCACUGCAAACAAUUGGCUCCAAUCUACGAUCAACUCGGUGAGAAAUUCGCUGACUCAGAAACUGUUGUUAUUGCCAAGAUUGAUGCUACUGCCAACGAAUUGGAACACACCAAAAUCACAUCAUUCCCAACAAUCAAAUUGUACAAAAAAGGUGAUAAUGUUGCUGUUGACUACAAUGGCGAACGUACAUUGGAAGGUUUUACCAAAUUCUUGGAAUCAGGUGGCCAAGACAGUGAAGGUGUUCCAGAUGUUGAGGAAGUUGAGGUCGAUGAAAGCGACGAAGUACAACCAAAAGACGAACUUUAAGUAAAUAGUGUAUAGCGAUUUGCUUAGAAAGUAUUUAUAUGCGAUCCGAUGCGCAAAAUACACUAAAUACAGUGUGAUUCUAAAAAAAUCCGAAGAUCCCAAGUUAAAAGAAAAAAAAAUUUAAUUAUAAAUAUAAGAAGAGCUAAACUUUCAUUUUUCAUUUAAAAAAAAAGGAUAAACAAUUGUUUAAAAAAAAAUAGAGAGAAAGAGAAAAUAAUUUUACACAGAUCAAGAUCAUAAAAAAAACAGCAACAACACAGCAUUCAAUAACUCUGCACAUAUAGAAAUGAAAUGAAGUAAACGUACGUUAUUUAUAAAUAAAACAUCGUACAUUUAAACAGAACAAAAGGAGAAGUUUAGUCAGUGGAGAUGUAACAGUUUUACCGAUUCGGGGGAAUUAAAUUUUAAGAUGAGAGAAACAGCAAAAAAAAACACAAGAAAAUCGAAACCAAGUAAAUAAAUAGAGUGAAAAUGAGAUAUUAUGAGCGGGUGUAUGCUAUACAAAGAGAAAAUGUGAUCCUCACAUGUCACCAGUUAAUGACAUUAUUAAUUAUUUUUUGUAACCCCGUUCUAUGUUCGCGUUCAUUUUAUUUCGAUUCAUUUAAAUGAAAUCUCAGAGAAAUGUCUCUCUUUGCACGACGGAAAAAAUGUUAAUAAAUUCAUGACCAUUUUUUUUUUAAAUAAAAAAAGGGAAAAAAAUGUUUCUAUCGAUAUUAGAAUAUCACCUGAUUGGUUAAAGAAUUCAAAUUCAAAUACUUAACAAUAUUUUUUGUCUUGUAUUUUUUUAAAAUAAAUAUAAAACAAAAUUAAGA